AUGGAGUCUCAUAAGCUGGGGCUUGCUUACUACCCUCAAACGUGUGGUCAAGCGGAGAUCACCAAUAGAGAGCUCAAGGUGAUCUUGGAGAAGACGGUUGCUAGAACAAGAAGGGAUUGGUCUUCUAAACUCCUCGACUCUCUAUGGGAAUAUAGGACCGCCUUCAAAACUCCAAUAGGGACCACUCCCUAUAAGCUUGUCUAUGGGAAAAAUUGUCACUUGCCCGUAGAGAUGGAGCAUCGAAUGCAUUGGGCAAUCAAGCAAAUCAACUUUGAUCUCCAUAGUGCGGGUGAGCAAAGGCUUCUAGAGCUACAUGAGUUAAAGGAGUUGAGGAUGAAUGCCUACGAUAGCGAAAGCAUGUAUAAGGCGCGGACUAAGGCUUGGCACGAUGCUCAAAUUGUCAAGAAGGAAUUUUUCAAAGGCCAAAAAGUCCUCUUAUUCAAAUCCCGCUUGAAGCUUUUCCUGGGCAAGCUUAGGUCAAGGUGGAGUGGGUCGUACAUUAUCACGGAGGUGUUUCCAUAUGGUUCUUAUGAGAUUUCCCAAGACGGGAAAACUCCAUUCAAAUUGAACAGUUACCGGCUCAAGCCCUACUACGAAGGAUUCCCAAGUGAUAAACCAAUUUCUGUGACUCUUCUUGUUAUGCAUCAUCAAUUUGACCCUCUUGAUCGAUUCAAGGAACGUCGAGCUAAUGACAAUCAUGGUUUUCGGCAAAAGCAAGUCAAAGAGGUAGAGAGUGGGUGA